GGAAGAUAUCCCGUGUACACACCUUGGAGGCUACUGGUUUACACAAUAUGAGGGUCAACUUCUAAGCGCCUGUACGCAACUUUCCGACUAACUUUUCAGAUCUUUUGUCACCUGCGAUUCAUUUGUGAAGCUGAAUAGUAAACCUGAAGUAGCUGUAACUUACUCUCCAUGGAUCGGCCUUCCAGCCGGGGCGCCCUCGCGCUUUCCCAAUCCGGGGGCCUUGGGAAAGCUCCAACUGGGUCUGCGGUGCCAGCACCAGAUAGGCCUAUGACGGGAAGCAGAGGAGUUGCACCUUCAGGCCCAGCGGGAAUGCGAGGCCCGGUCGGUGGCUCUAUUAUAGGAGCUGGACCGCCAGGCACUGCAAUGCGUGGAGGACCUGGACCUGCAGGAGGUCCGCCAGGCACGGCAUAUAAGCGCCUUGGAACGGCAUCUCAAAGACCAGGAACAGGCCAGCAAGCAGCUGCAGCAGCCGCAGCAGCGCGAGCAGGGCAAAGCCUGCAAGUCGAGAACCGGCCAAUUACAAACCAUGGCGUGUCGGGAAUGAAGACAGCAGCCUCUGGCAUAGGGCGCCAAGUGCUCGAUAAGAACUACUUCAUGAAUGAACUGCGGCAAAAGCGCAUGGAGAUAGCACAAGUCACUCAGCAAAUGAAGUCGGACCUGGAGGCUCUGGAACGGAAGCAAGCACAGUACAACAGCAUGGACAAGCGGGCGAACGACCUUUCAAAGGAGGUCAAGAUCCUACAGGAGGCCCUUGCGGAUUACAACACAGUUCUCGACAAGGUCGGUUCCCAAGCGCCCAUCUACAUGAUUCAGCAGGAGUACACGGGGCUGCGCGACCGCAACGAGCAGCAGCGCAAGCGAGUGGACGAGGUACUCACGGAGCGGCUGAACCUGGAGUCGAAGGCCAAGCAGGCGGAGACCAAGAUGGCGGAGAUCCAGGCGUCCAUGGACCAGCGCCUUAAUUCUAUGCCGCCGUCGCAGCGCCAGCAGUACGGGGAGCUGAUUGCCGAGCAGCAGCAGCUGCAGGCCGACAGCCGGCGCUUCGAGGAGGUGCUCGAGGACCUGGACAAGCAGCUGCAGGCAUCCGAGGGCGAGCUGGCGCGCAACCCCUUCAAGCAGCGCAGCCUGCAGCUGCAGGAGCAGAUCCGCGCAUUGACGGAGCGCAAGUACGAGCUGUCGGAGGAGGAGCGGCAGAGCAAGCGCAGCCCCGAGGAGCUCCGCGCGGACCUCAUGGCCAAGAUCAAGCGCGACAACACCGAGGUGGAGAACAUGACGCAGCAGAUUCGCGACCUCCAAGACCAGAUCAAGAAGAUGGAGGAGCGCGUGAAGUCGCUUGGCGGUGCCACCAGCGGUGCGGCCGCAGCGGAAGAGAAGGCCAACCGCGAGAAGUUUGAGGAGUUGUUGGCCAAGGAGCGCGACCUGAACAACUUCAUGGACGGCUUCCCCAGCCGCAAGGCGGCCAAGAUGCAGGAGAAGCAGUCCAAGGAGGACGGCAUCGUGGCUACGCUUGAGAAGGUUGUCAAGAUGCAGGGCAUCAUCGGCUCCUCGCUGCCGUCGCAGAAGAAGUUCAAGGAGAUGCAGGAUGAGCUGGAGUACAAGAAGAUGCAGCUGGAGAACACGCAGACGACGCAGGAGCGAUUGAAGGAGGAGCUCGCCAUGCGGCGCACAGAACUGGAGAAGAUCGACACGCUGGAGGACAAGAUCAAGCUGGAGCUGACGCAGCUUGCGGACCGGCAGACCACCAUGGAGAAGGAGGUCACGGAGUUUGGAAGCGUGGAGGAGAUCCAGCGCAAGGCGCAGCUAGCCCGCGAGCGCAUGGAGGGGCUGCGGUCGGCGCUGCUCAAACGCAAGGACCUGCUGCGGUCCAUCGUGGCGGAGAAGGGGCUCAAGUUCCAGGCGAAGCGGGCACAGCUGCAGGACCACAACCUGCAGGUGCAGCUGGAGAAGAUGGAGACCAAGCUGAAGCAGCUGAGCGCGGGAGUGUUCGAGAUGGAGGAGUUCAUCAAGGCCAAGGAGAGCGAGACCAACUACCGGCAGCUGGCCAGCAAUAUCGCGGCGCUCGUGGACGAGCUCAACGUGCACGUGCGGAAAGCCGUUGCGUACUAAGGGCUGGUGUGGGAAAGUCCAUGGAGUGAACUGGCCGGGCCGGGAUCGUGGCAGGCGGGUCAUAAGGCCUUUCGUGUUUGCGAGCGGUUGUGGAUACCAGCGGGCGAGUCAAAGGGGCACGUCGCGUAGCUUUGGGGAAUUUGACGCUUCUGGGCUAUGCCAUGGCAUGUUUAUGUUGCGUGCGCUGCCUCGGCAAUUUUUACCGGGUCAGAAGUCUCUCCUGUAGAAGGGGCGGUCCUACCUAGCGACCGUACAACAUAUGGAUAGGCAGGAUGGGAUAGUGUUGUGACCUGCCAGCCUCGCAAAGAUAACCUCUCGAGAUUAUAUAUUUGUUGUUCCCUGGGUGGUGGAGUCGGCUUCCAUCCUGUACAUAAGAGAACAUCUAGGAAAACCGAUGGAGCGGUUAAUGCGAGGCGACUAGUGUACCCUAUAUCUACGCGACCUUUCAUAAGUGUAAACGUUUGCUAGACGAACGAUAGCCAUGGC